UCUUCCAUUUCCUUAAAGGAUCCUCACCCUGUGGGUCACCACAUCAAAUCUUCUUUUCUAUUUUUCCAGAUUCAUGCAGCCAUUAUAACUUAAACUUACGCUACAGAAGCCCAACCAAACCAAUAAUCACAAGCCACGCAAGUAUCUGAUGACCCUGUUUUUGAAGAGAUUAUUACGUGUCAAGUAGAUAAAACAUGGACAAACCAGUUGCAAGAUGUGUUCAUCCGCAGACAAUAAAACAGCCUCAUAGCCUUAAAUUCACCAAUGUUGGGUCUACCCGCCAUCCCCCCACGACAAAUCGUUGGGUGAGACCGGACAAAACAGUCAACCCUCAAAAUUAAACCUUUCUAACACUUCACUUGCCCAGAAAACGCGAACUCUGAAAGUGAAAACAAAUCACCCACCACCACCACCCUCUACGAAACACCUCCAUCGCCGAUCAUGGGGUUCACCACCUGGGCCCCAUCUCCAUCACCAUCUCUGACCCCCUCCCCUUCUCCCUUGUCAUCAUCAUCACCGCCAUCGUCGUCGUCAUCAUCACCUUCGUUGUCGCCGCCUUCAAAGCUUCCAGUUGACUUCAGCCCACCGUUGAUCGCAAUGGUGGUGGUAGUUGCUGCAGCAUUUUUAGUCGUUACCUAUUCGCGUCUAAUCUCAAAACGGCUCGUCCCUCUAAUUCUCCGUCUACUGAGCUUCUUCCGCCGCCGCCGCCGCCGCCGUUGGUUCCUUCCAUCCACCACGACCGACCUUGACUCUCUUCCACCUUCUGAUCCCUUCGAUCUCCCUCUUUCCCCUUACGGUCUUGAUGCCUCUGCCAUCAAAACCCUGCCGCUUUCCCUCUAUACUUCAAAAACUAGACCCAACAACAGCCCCAAAGACUGUGCCGUAUGUCUAUUGGAGUUCGAAGACAAUGAAUACGUUCGAACACUCCCAGUUUGCUCGCAUGCCUUCCACGUGGAUUGCAUUGACGUUUGGUUGAAAUCACACGCUAACUGCCCACUUUGUAGAGCUGGAAUUUUCGCUACAGAAUCUCCUUUUACUCCGUUAAUGGCAGCCAGAAUCCGUCCGAGCCUCGACGACCCCGUUUUUGAGAACAACACAUUGGAGUCCCUAACUGAAACUCCUCUGCAAUAUUUUCCAAAUAACACCAUAACGGAGAUAACCGAAGAACCGUCACCAAGAAGAAGGAACGGGAAUAGCAAUUGCGAGGAGAGGUUUAAUUUUGUUUUAAAAAGGUCAUAUUCAUUUGGGUUCGAGAGGAGUUUAGCCGCAGAGAGGAUGAUAACCGAGCCGAACACAGCGUCGCCUUGGAGGUACAGGAGAGGAGGGAAUGGAUUUUGGAGCAGAAGGACGUCUCCGUUUGGGUCGUUAAUGAUGAAACCCAGGGUUUUCUCGUUUAGGUACUACAGAGGGAUCAAAGCUUCGCCAUUUUUUCGUCGGAGAGGGUUUUUUCCAUUGUCGGAAUCAAGUGUUAGAUUUACCGCCGCAGGCGGAGGCUCGUCGAGAAGAAGUAAGUCGAUGGCGAGUCCGAUGUUUUUAAGAUCAGCAGCUUCAAGUGUGGCGGCUUUCUCGUCGAGUCGGCUCAGAUGCGGGGAUCCAGAGGCGCUGCUAUCACCGGAGAGGUUUAACAGAAGAUAAAAAAAAAAGUUCAUUGUUCCAAGAAAAACCCAGAGGACACGUGGAAGGCCGGAUAGAGAGGAGGAGAGAAGGGAAGAGAAGGGACGGUUGGAGAUUGGUGAUGGGGGGAGGGGUCGAAUUAAUGGGGAAGAAAGAGUUAA